AUGUCAAGGGGACGGCCGGCCAACCUGCAGCCAGCGGCCGAGGCGGUGGAGGUGGGCAGGCUCAUCCUCAAGGCGGCGGAGUGGUCGCCGCAGUCGCACGAGCUCUUCCCGGAGCCGGCGCGGCUCGCAAGUGGGCGGUCGAGGGAGGCUCGGGAGCUGGCGGACGUCUGGCGCGGCUUUGUGCUGCCAAGACGCGACAGUGAGUGA